AUGGAAAGCAUUGUCGCGUAUAUGAAAGGACAGAUGGACCUUUUGGGUCUCAUACGGGGGCAUGCGGCUGACCAAGGCCCACAAAAGGUCUCUGCAUAUAUUCUUUUUGAAAGUCUCAAAGAAGCAAUUGACUUGAGUGCCUUGCAUACGCACAGAGUUGCAGUUGAGAAAUUCUUCCGGAAGGAGUACAUACCCGGACUGUUCUCUGGGUAUGUGAAGAUUCUUAUGAACCGAAAGAUGAAAGAGAUGCACGUGGAAGUCGUAUGGCUAAUGUGCUUCUCACUUGGUAGACUGCAGAAAUUGGAGGAAGUGUCUGGAUUGGAAGAGAGACUGACUAUGUUCUUAAAGACAGUUAAUCAUAAAGAUAUCCCUUUGAUUGAUCUAGUGAAGGCAUGUGCCUGUAAGGGAAGUUUUGUGGGUGCAGGGCACUUUGCAGAAAUUGUGCUUGAAAAUCGUUAUCACUCGUUAUACGCCAUUCUAGACAGAAAGACCGUUAUGCAGAUUUUACUGAAAGAAGUUGAAACACGCGGUAUUAUAGAGACUAUUCAGAAGAAGAGAGAUCUACUCGAUGGAAUAGCUGAAUAUGAUCCACUCUUGGUAGAGAAUCUGGCAGGAAUGUGUGUCUCUUACAUCCUAAGCAAAGAGUCUAAGAAUAGAAGAGAUGCAGAAAUAAACAGCAGCCAGAGACUGGAAGGACACACAAGGACUAUUCAAAAGAAGAUGGUUUCAGAAGUAGCAGAGUCAAGCGGUACUCCUGUAUAUGCAGAAAGUAAACAGAUAAAGCUACUUGCAAGUGAUGUAAAUGGAAGAAUUGUCAUACCCCAUUCUAUGCCUGAAGACACUUUAAGAAGACACAAAGAAGUGGUAGUUGCAUGGUUGAGAGAAAUGCGCAUUCUAUUCAUAGGAAGAACACCAUCUGAGGCCACAGAUAAAUCAGCUGCAGUGUCUUCAAUGGACGUAACAGAUACGAACUUGCAUAGAGCAGAAAAGCAGGCGCCAAAAAUAAUUCUGUAUGACAGAUCUGGGGAUAAAUUUGCAAGUUGCAUUACUAGCAUGGACAGCAUAGAAGUGCUUCUUAUGUGCGAAGUGUGUGCUGAUGUAAAAGCUGCACCUGGCAGCACUUUCUCCAGAAAUCUUCUGCUAAAGACUCUUGAAGUAACAGGCGACAGAGAAUAUAUUAAAUCACAUGGUGUCAGCCAGAUAAUUAAUAUUGAAGAAGAAUUGCAGGUAAGAUACGACUACUAUUUGAGCAAAAUACUGCACAAGCAAACACCAUUUACUCUCUCCUUGAAUCUUAUAAAUCUGAUAAUAGAGUGCGGAUAUCACAGUAGAAUUGUUGGUCUCACCAUCAGACUGUCAGAGAUCCUUAAAGAGAUGGAGUACAAGAAUAGAAAUGGCUUUUUGUUGUGCAAUAAAAAUCAGCAGCGUGAGAUAGCAUUCAUACCCCAGAUACUAGCCAGAAUCAUUCGGUCAGUCUACAUUAAGAAGAAGGACUUACAGAAGAUAAUGCAGUCUAUUAUGUAUAUUAGUACAACUGAAAAUAUUCAGUUAGUGAAAGGAAUAUAUCUAGUUCUUGCAGAAAUAAUCUAUGCCUAUAAUGGACUUGAUGCAGGUGUCUCUGAGUGCAUGUAUGGGUUGAAGAAGUCUGCUGUCUCUUCCCAUGAUACAUUAUGUUUUGCCCAGUUGUCGGCACAGAAAGAACUAGAAAAUCUUCCUAUGAGAGAACUAAAAUCUGCAACACCAGCUACUAGUGCAGAUGACAACAAGAACAAUAAUACAAUGACUGUAUCUGCAGAGAUAUUUAAUAUUCUUGAUGCAGAUGGAUUUUGCCAUUUAGCCAGAAUUGAGUUUAUGAAACUUCUCACUGCCAUGGUGAAAAUAACAGAUAAUUUCCUGAUAAAGAGAUUGCAAAAUAAUCUUGUGCCAGAGAUACUUCAGUACUACAUCCGUAAUAAUAUUCUUGUUAAUUGCAGUGAAACAGAAGCCCUAGGAGUAUUUUUGCUGCAUAUUUCUUCACACUCACUCACAGUGAAAAGUACUCUUGAUUUAGUAUUUCUUCUAAUGAUACUUCUGGAAAGAAAUAUUGAUGCAAGCCAGAAAAUAAUCAUAAGGCUGCACAAACAAAACAAAUAUGCACUUGCAUCUGCUCUUAAGUAUAAUAUAGAUAGAGACAAGAGAGGACGUAAUGGCCAAAUAAUAUCAAAGCAAACCAUAAUUAAAAUACAGAAAAUAUUUACUUCCUGCGUAAAUGAGCAAUGA